GUAAUGGCGGCCUCGGUCUUGCUGGGGUCUGCGGACAACACCGGACUCAACUUCCCGGUCGGAGGCGGCGGACCCGCUAAUGUUUUAGUCGGGAACACUAACGGACUGGGACCGGCGGGCCCGGCGCCCUGGAACCGCUCUCUGGACCGGGCGCUGGAUGAAGCCUCGGCCACCGGGUGCCUGAACCUCAGCGGCAGGAAGCUGAAGGAGUUUCCCCGGAGCGCCGCCAACCACGACCUGACGGACACCACCAGGGCCGAUCUGUCUCGUAAUCGGCUGUCGGAGCUUCCUCUGGAGGUUUGUCUCUUCGUGUCUCUGGAGAAUCUGAAUCUGUACCAGAACUGUCUGAGGUCUCUGCCAGAUGGGCUGCUGAACCUGCAGGCCCUCACCUACCUGAACCUCAGUCGGAACCAGCUGUCGGUUCUCCCCACGGUGGUCUGCAGCCUCCCUCUGAAGGUUCUGAUCGCCUGCAACAACAAACUGGUUUCUCUGCCAGAAGAGCUGGGACAGCUGAGACACCUGACUGAGCUGGAUGUGAGCUGCAAUGAGAUCCAGACUUUACCUGCUCAGGUGGGUCAGCUGGAAGCUCUCAGAGACCUGAACAUCAGGAGGAACCACCUGGUCCGGCUGCCUCCAGAGCUGGCGGAGCUUCCUCUGGUACGUCUGGAUUUCUCCUGUAACAAAGUGACCUCCAUCCCCGUCUGUUACCGACGACUCACACAGCUACAGACCAUCGUCCUCGACAACAACCCGCUGCAGACUCCACCUGCACAGAUCUGCAUCAAAGGGAAAGUUCACAUAUUCAAGUAUCUGAACCUGGAGGCCAGUAAGACGACGCCGGACCUCCCCGACUACGACAGACGACCUCUGACCUUCAGCUCCUGUGUUGAUGAGCUGUACCCCGGCCGUCCGUACGGAGCUCUGGACUCCGGCUUCAACAGCGUCGACAGCGGAGACAAGCGAUGGCUCGGGAACGAGCCUUCAGAGGAGCUUUCAGAGCUGCCGGUCAGAGUCGCCGAGAUCAGCCGAGACCAGCGGCCGAGAGGAGGAGGAGGAGGAGGACCGCUGCUGGCCAACGGAACACAUGUGGAGCUGGAGCAGAUCGACUUCAUCGACAGCUGUGUGGGGGAGGAGGAGGAAGAGGAGGGCAGGAGUCGAGGAGGAAGAGGAGACGGCACCAGCCUCAGCUCUCAGUUCAUGGCCUACAUCGAGAGACGCAUCACCAGAGAGGGUUCUCCUGUGAAAUCCAGUUUAUCCAGGACAGAAGACACCAAGAGACACAGCAGGAGUGUGGUCGAUGGCGUCGCAGCGCCCUCUAGUGCCCACAGCCAGAGAGGUGGGGGUUCAGGAGGUGUGGAGAGGAUGAGGAGGGAGGCUCAGCUCGCUGCUCUCAGGUACGACGUGGAGAGACACAAGAACCGUUCUCUGCAGAGGGACAGCGUCACCAGCUACUCCAAGCACAAAGCAGCUCAGAGUCCAACAAAGUCCAGUCCAGACACUGAGAGUGUGUACCCCUCCAGACGCUCCACCCAUACAGAUGACUCCGCCCUCUUCAUGCAGGGCGAGGACAGAGCCUCUCUGUCUCCUACAGCCAAUCAGUCGCCUUCGUACCCCGGCUCAGGGGGCGUGGCUUCCUGUCGGACAGCCGGCGUGAGACCAGAGAGCUUCCUGUAUCGCCUCAAUCAAAAGGAGGAGAAGAGGAAAGGUGACACUGCUGCUGCUCCUCAGAGCCAGGAGGAGCCUCCUGCUGCUCCUCCUCUGGUUGGAGAAGACGCUGAGGUGGUGGAACAGCUCAGAAAGAACAUCGAGGCUCGUCUCAAGGUGUCAUUGCCAAGCGACCUGGGAGCAGCUCUGACGGACGGGGUGGUGCUGUGUCACCUGGCCAAUCACGUGAGGCCGCGGUCCGUACCCAGCAUCCACGUCCCCUCCCCCGCUGUGCCUAAACUCACCAUGGCCAAAUGUCGACGGAACGUGGAGAACUUCCUGGAGGCGUGUCGCAGGAUCGGAGUUCCACAGAGUCAGUUGUGUCUUCCUCUCCACAUCCUGGAGGAGCAAGGGCUCCCCCAGGUGGCCGGGACCGUCAGCGCCCUGCUGGACCUGGCCCCGCCCCGACACCCCGUCACCACGGCGACCACAUCCUCAUCAUCCACCGCACCCGGAUCCUCCGUCACCAUGUAGACAACCUGGACGCCACCGCACGCGCUCAGUCGGCCUCCUGUAGCGCUGCAGGCCGUUGGAUGAAUGCAGGGUUCUGGUCAGCUGAUCAUAACGGAGGAUCAAGUGUUGGUCGUCGACCAAUCAGCGCUCACGUCUGUCACAGUGUGUGUGAUGUCAUCAGGAAGCCAGAAUGUAAACAAACAGCGACUGUGGACGUCUGCAGGUCGCACAGGAGGACAGGCUGUGUUUACCGUCGCCAUGGUUACAGUCUCUGUGCUCCUAUUGGUCAGCAUCACGGUUACAAACACAUUUCUGUCUGUAGAAGAAGAAAAGUUAGUCACAAUUAAAAUAUCACUCGUGCAGAAGUUCCACAAAAGGUCAGACGUUUGACUCAAUACGUCAAAAUGAUGAGCUCCAAAACUCUAAGCUUUUACUUUGAAAAGGUCAUUUCUUACAUUUUUUUUAAAAAAUCUCAUAAUAGACGAAAGAAGUCUGAAAGUUUUCUUUAAAGAAAGUCAAUUUUUAGUAAAUGUAUUCGCUUAUUUUUUAUAAAAUGAAAAAGCAGAACUUAAGAAGUUAAGGAGUCGAAAAUUCGACUUGAAAAAUGUUUGACUUUUAAAAAGUCAAUUUACAUCAAACGUCAAAAAUCUAAAUUAUAAGAAAAAGG